AGGAAACCGUUUAUUAGGAGGGAGUGGUGGAGCGGGGCCAGGCAGGAAGAAGCUGGAAUAAGAAACAUUUUUGCUCCGGCCCCCUUCCCAGUCCCGAGAGGCCGCCGCGCCGGCAGCGCAGAACAGCCCCUCCCCAGCCCCAGCCCCCUCCGGGGCCGCGCCCGACCCCUCCCCAGCCUCCAGGGCCACUGUCCAGUGCUUGCCCAGCCUCCGCAGCCGGCCGUCGCCAGAGAGGGGAGGCGGCCUCCGCCCCUUGCACAUUCGCGCACGGCUGCCCACAGUGUCGGCCCAGAGGGACCAUGAUAUUGGGCUGCCCCAGGAAGGGUUUUCUGAUGCUACUGAUGGCCUUGGGCCUGACCUGUGGUGACCCCAUGAAGCCCUCUCAGGGCCCGCUGGUGACCUGCACGUGUGAUAACCCGUAUUGCAGGGGGCCUACCUGCCAGGGGGCUUGGUGCACAGUAGUGCUGGUACGGGAGGCAGGCAAACAGCUCCAUGAAGAGCGGGGCUGUGGGAGCCUGAACCAUGAGCCCUGCAAGGGACACCCCACUGAGUUCGUCCACCACCACUGCUGCUACAGCCACCUCUGCAACCACAACGUAUCCCUGCAACUGAAGGCCACCCAAACUCCUUCGGAGCAGCCAAGAGAAGAUGACCAGCUGCCUCUGCUUCUGAUCCUGAGCCCCAUGCUGGCCUUGCUGGCCCUGGUGGCCCUGGGUGCCCUGGGCCUGUGGCAUGUCCGGCGAAAGCAGGAGAAGCAGCAGGGCCUGCACAGCAAGCUGGGAGAGUCCAGCCUCAUCCUCAAGUCAUCUGAGAAGGGGGACAGCAUGUUUGAGGACAUCCUGGACAGUGACUGCACCACAGGCAGUGGCUCAGGGCUCCCCUUCCUGGUGCAGAGGACAGUGGCACGGCAGGUCACCCUGGUGGAAUGUGUGGGAAAGGGCCGCUAUGGUGAGGUGUGGCGUGGCUUGUGGCAUGGUGAGAGUGUGGCCAUCAAGAUCUUCUCCUCGAGGGAUGAACAGUCCUGGUUCCGGGAGACUGAGAUCUAUAACACCGUGCUGCUCAGACAUGACAACAUUCUAGGCUUCAUCGCAUCAGAUAUGACCUCCCGCAACUCUAGCACGCAGCUGUGGCUCAUCACGCACUACCACGAACACGGCUCGCUCUACGACUUUCUGCAGAGGCAGACGCUAGAGCCCCAGCUGGCCUUGAGGCUUGCUGUGUCGGCGGCCUGUGGCCUGGCACACCUGCACGUGGAGAUCUUUGGCACACAGGGCAAACCAGCCAUCGCUCACCGCGACCUCAAGAGCCGCAAUGUGCUGGUCAAGAGCAACCUGCAGUGCUGCAUCGCAGACCUGGGUCUGGCUGUGAUGCACUCCCAGGGUAGUGAUUACCUGGACAUUGGCAACAACCCAAGAGUGGGCACCAAGCGGUACAUGGCACCUGAGGUGUUAGACGAACAGAUUCGCACUGACUGCUUUGAGUCCUACAAGUGGACCGACAUCUGGGCCUUUGGCCUGGUGCUGUGGGAGAUCGCCCGCCGGACCAUUGUCAAUGGCAUUGUGGAGGACUACAGACCACCCUUCUAUGACGUGGUGCCCAAUGACCCGAGCUUUGAGGACAUGCGGAAGGUGGUGUGUGUUGAUCAGCAGACCCCCACCAUUCCUAACCGGCUGGCUGCAGACCCGGUCCUCUCAGGCCUGGCUCAGAUGAUGCGGGAGUGCUGGUACCCCAACCCCUCUGCCCGACUCACUGCGCUGAGGAUCAAGAAGACACUACAGAAAAUCAGCAACAGUCCAGAGAAGCCCAAAGUGAUCCACUAACCCAGAGGCAUCUGACUCCCCUCUGCCUGCAGUGGGGGUGGGGUGCAAUGGGUGGUGGCCUGAGUAGAGGGGGUGUGUGUGUGUGUGUGUGUGCUGGGGAGGGGGUGGCCCUCUAUGGGGCAGCUGUGUCUGCCUAGCUCAGCCCCAGACCAUCCAGCCAAAAAUACAGCUGGGAUGAAAUCUGA